CGGGCACAGCAUCUCCCACAACUCCAAACGCCACUACCACGACGCCUUCGUGUGCAUGAACCGCAUGCGGCAGCGCGGGCUGCUCUGCGACAUCGUCCUGCACGUGGCCACCAAGGAGAUCAAGGCCCACAAGGUGGUGCUGGCGUCGUGCAGCCCCUACUUCCACGCCAUGUUCACAAAUGAGAUGAGUGAGAGCCGCCAGACCCAUGUGACACUGCACGACAUCGACCCGCAGGCGCUGGAGCAGCUGGUGCAGUACGCCUACACGGCUGAGAUCGUGGUGGGAGAGGGCAAUGUGCAGACCCUUCUCCCUGCUGCCAGCCUGCUUCAGCUCAAUGGUGUGAGGGAUGCUUGCUGCAAGUUCCUGCUCAGCCAGCUGGACCCCUCCAACUGCCUGGGCAUCCGCGGCUUUGCUGACACCCACUCGUGCAGCGACCUGCUCAAGUCUGCCCACAAGUACGUGCUCCAGCACUUCGUGGAGGUGUCCAAGACUGAGGAGUUCAUGCUGCUGCCCCUCAAACAGGUGCUGGACCUCAUCUCCAGCGACAGCCUCAACGUGCCCUCGGAGGAGGAGGUGUACAGGGCCGUGCUCAGCUGGGUCAAACACGACGUGGACAGCAGGAGACAGCACGUGCCCAGGCUGAUGAAGUGCGUGCGGCUGCCACUGCUGAGCCGGGAUUUCCUGAUGAGCCACGUGGACACGGAGCUGCUGGUGCGGCACCACUCGGAGUGCAAGGACCUGCUGAUCGAGGCGCUCAAGUACCACCUGAUGCCCGAGCANAGUCCGGGGGUGCCCUUCCCUGACCGUCCUUCGGAACUUCCAGGUGCUGGGCUUGGAGAGGAGAGGAUCCCACAGAUCCCCAGGGAAUUGCAGGGCUCAGUGCAGGAGGACGAUGGGGAGAAGAUAAAACUUCCUCCUCCUCUUUGGGGGGAAGAUUAA